CCUGAUGUUAUUAGUAGUAUAAGGCAAGUGUCUAAAGCAGCUCUGAAAGAGGAUGCCAAACCUAAUAAAGAUAAUGAGGAUGCCUUUUACAAUUCUCAGAAGUUUGAAGUGCUUUACUGUGGAAAGGUAACUGUGACCCAUAAGAAGGCCCCAUCAACCCUCAUUGAUGACUGCAUUGAAAAAUUCAGCCUACAUGAACGUCACCGUCUCCGGCUCCUGAGUGAGCAGCGGAAUUCUGAUUCCAGCAACGACCUUAUGGUCUUUGAGUCAGAAGUACCCAUUUCAUCAGUAGAUGGCCAAUUUGAGGAGCUUGAUGAGACAGCUUCUCCUGCCUCUGGACUAACCAUGGUGGUGGGGCAGACAAGUCUGCCUGGCUCUCGCAUUGGCUUCCCUGAAAGAAUUUUGGAAGAUUCUGGUUUUGAUGAACAGCAAGAAUUUCGGUCUCGAUGCAGUAGUGUGACUGCAGUGUCACAGAAGAAAGUGCAUGAUGGUGCCUUAAAAAUACAGCCACGAAGAAGACAUGCCAGUGCCCCGAGUCAUGUUCAGCCCUCAGACUCAGAGAAGAAUAGAACGAUGCUGUUCCAGGUUGGGAGAUUUGAAAUUAAUCUAAUCAGCCCAGAUUCCAAGUCAGUUGUUCUAGAAAAGAAUUUUAAAGAUAUAUCUUCUUGUUCUCAGGGUAUAAAGCAUGUUGAUCACUUUGGAUUUAUCUGUCGGGAAUCUCCAGAACCUGGAUUGAGUCAGUAUAUUUGUUAUGUGUUUCAGUGUGCAAGUGAGUCUUUGGUUGAUGAGGUAAUGCUCACCCUGAAACAAGCCUUUAGCACAGCAGCUGCCCUUCAGAGUGCCAAAACUCAGAUUAAAUUGUGUGAGGCCUGUCCAAUGCACUCUUUGCACAAACUCUGUGAAAGAAUUGAAGGUCUUUAUCCACCAAGAGCCAAACUUGUAAUACAAAGACAUCUCUCAUCAUUGACAGAUAAUGAACAGGCUGACAUUUUUGAACGUGUUCAGAAAAUGAAGCCAGUAAAUGACCAAGAAGAAAAUGAACUUGUAAUUUUGCAUUUGAGGCAGUUGUGUGAAACCAAACAAAAGACCCAUAUUCAUAUCGGAGAAACUCAGUCGACUCUUUCUAAUAAUGCAGUUCCUGAAAAUGUGGGCAGCAGUGGCAGGUUCAAACUUGACAUUUUGAAAAACAAAGCUAAGAGAUCCUUGACCAGCUCUCUGGAAAAUAUCUUCUCAAGGGGAGCAAACAGAAUGAGAGGUCGUCUAGGAAGCAUGGACAGCUUUGAAAGGUCCAACAGUCUUGCUUCAGAGAAGGACUGCUCACCAGGUGACUCCCCGCCAGGCACCCCGCCAGCCUCUCCGCUGUACCCGGCCUGGCAGACCUUCCCUGAAGAGGAUUCAGACUCCCCUCAGUUCCGAAGGCGGGCACACACAUUCAGCCAUCCCCCCUCAAGUACAAAGAGAAAGAUCGCUUUACAGGAUGGGCGAUCUCAGGGUGUUCAGUCUCCUCUCCUGAGACAGAGUUCCAUUGAACAGUGCAGCGUUCUUCUAUCAGGUCGACGCAUUCACAAGGAGAGUAAAUCUUCUUCUUCCAGUCUUCCAAGUCUUCAUACUUCCUUCUCUGCCCCUUCCUUCUCUGCCCCCUCUUUCCUGAAAAGCUUUUACCAGAGUUCAGGUAGACUGUCCCCACAGUAUGAAAAUGAAAUAAGUGAUGGGGAAGGAAGGAAAAGAACUUCAUCUACUUGUAGCAGUGACUCCUUAAAUAUUGGAGGGAUCCCUGUAACUCCUCGACGUGUCUCUUGGAGGCAGCGCAUUUUCCUUCGAGUUGCUUCACCUAUGAACAAAUCUCCCUCAGCAAUGCAGCAUCAAGAUGGACUUGACAGAAACGAACUUCUUCCUUUGUCUCCACUUGCUCCGACCAUGGAAGAGGAUCCUCUUGUCUUAUUCUUGCCUGAUGAGGAUGAACCAGAAAAAGUUGGUGGGAGAAGGAAAUCUGAAGAACUACGAAGUCUGUGGAAAAAAGCUAUCCACCAACAAAUUUUGUUGCUUCGAAUGGAAAAAGAAAAUCAGAAACUGGAAGCAAGCCGAGAUGAACUCCAGUCCAGAAAAGUUAAAUUAGAUUAUGAUGAAGUUGGUAUAUGCCAAAAGGACACCUUAUUAACAUGGGAUAAGAAGUUAUUAAACUAUAGGACUAAAAUCAGAUGUGAUCUGGAAGAUAUUCAUAUUACUCUCAAAGAAGGGGUGCCUAAAAGUCGCCGUGGAGAAAUUUGGCAGUUUUUGGCUUUACAAUAUCGUCUGAGGCACCGAUUGCCAAGUAAACAGCAACCUCCUGACAUUUCCUAUAAAGAGCUUUUGAAGCAGCUCACAGCACAGCAACAUGCUAUCCUUGUAGAUUUAGGAAGAACCUUUCCCACUCAUCCUUACUUUUCUGUACAGCUAGGAUCUGGGCAGCUAUCCCUCUUUAACCUUUUGAAAGCCUAUUCUUUGCUGGAUAAAGAAGUGGGUUACUGCCAGGGGAUAAGUUUUGUGGCUGGAGUACUGCUUCUGCAUAUGAGUGAGGAGCAAGCUUUUGAAAUGCUCAAGUUUCUCAUGUAUGACCUUGGCUUCCGAAAACAAUACAGACCAGACAUGAUGUCACUACAGAUUCAGAUGUAUCAGCUCUCAAGGCUCCUUCAUGACUAUCAUCGAGAUCUCUACAAUCACCUUGAAGAGAAUGAAAUCAGCCCCAGUCUUUAUGCUGCCCCUUGGUUCCUCACAUUGUUUGCCUCCCAAUUUCCACUAGGAUUUGUAGCCAGAGUUUUUGAUAUCAUUUUUCUUCAGGGAACUGAUGUUAUAUUUAAGGUGGCACUUAGUCUACUAAGCACCCAAGAAGCCCUUAUAAUGGAAUGUGAAAAUUUUGAAAACAUAGUGGAAUUUCUUAAAAACACAAUACCAGAUAUGAAUAUAUCUGAAAUGGAGAAAAUAAUUACUCAGGUUUUUGAGAUGGAUAUUUCUAAGCAGCUUCAUGCAUAUGAGGUUGAGUACCAUGUGCUACAAGAUGAACUACAGGAGUCCGCCCAUUCCUGUGAUGAGAGUGAGCCUCUGGAAAAGCUAGAGAAGGCUAAUAACCAGUUGAAGAGACAGAACAUGGACUUGUUGGAAAAAUUACAGGUGGCUCAUGCUAAGAUCCAGAGCUUAGAAUCCAGCCUUGAAAAUCUUUUGACUCGAGAGACCAAAAUGAAGUCCUUAAUUCGAUCUCUGGAACAGGAGAAAUUGACCUACCAAAAGACUGUGGAACAAAUCAGGAAGCACUUGCCAGCAGAUGCCUUGGCUGACUGUGAACUGUUAUUGAGGGAAGUAAACUGUAACCCAAAUAAUAAAGCAAGAACAGGAAAUAAGCCAUAAUUUAAAAAGUGCCACCUCAGCAGGCAAUGCAGUUUAGGAUACUGAAGGAAUGGAGUCAUAUGCAUGCUGCUGGACAGUCUUGGGAGACUCACUGGAAUGGAAUCAUCAAAAACUAGUUUGGAAUCUCCAAUAAUAUCAAAUGGGCCUUUAAUCUCAAACUAUUUAAAAGCAUUCAUGCUGGACUUUUUGUUGCUGUUAUUGAUUGUGUACAUAAAGGGAAAUUUCAUGCUUUCAAAUAAGACUAGUAGAUGUAUGUUUAGAACAAAUGUUAAAAAAUAUAAACUUCUCCUAGGGGAAGAAAAAACAAAACUUCCCACCACACAUGUGAAAUUUUUUUUUUGUCUUUGUAGUGAAAUAAAAAUGUUGUGUCUUUAUAUAUUGAAAAAUACUUGAAGAAAUGAAUGUAUUUUUUCUCCAAAGAACAGCAUGUUUCAAUUUAAAAAAAAAAUCUUUGUAAAUGCAUAUGUGCCUGUCAUAAAUUCUACUGACUUGUUUAUGGGAAGAUCAUGACUGUGACUUUUCAGGGAAUGUGGUACAUAUCCAUCCCAGCCUGUUAUGUGCCAUCUUUAGCAUGUUGCUUCCACAUGCAUGUUCAUUUGGGGUAGGCAUCAUUUUUUAACAAUGUGGCUAAAUAGAAUACAAAGAUGCUGUGCCUGGAACACCCAUGGUAAGGGGAGGAGUUUGUAAUUAUGUGGUUAACUGGACCAGUGUUGACAGCCAAAUUGGAUCAGUUGGCCAGAAAAUAUCAUCCACUGUGGAACCUUAACUGUCUAGCCUGUCUGCAUUUGUUACUCAAAGUAACCCAGUAAUUGUGAACUUCCCCUUUACUUGGUGCUAUGUAAACACAGUCAAUAAUAAGGAUUUACUUUCUUCCUCUCCAAACACAUUUCAGAAUCCCAGUUUUUGUUCUAAUUGAAAGAAGGUCUGAGAAGAAGGAAACUCAGAUUUUCUCUGCCAGCAAAAUUUGGCUUUCUACAAAUGCCAUAUUGUAAUAAUAUGAUAUUUCUUAUUACAGUUGACAAAAUUAAAUAGUCUAUGGUCUUCUUCCUUUUUCAUGUAAAUUUUAAGAAAACUGCGAACUAAAUUAAAAGACUUUUUUUUUUUUUAAUAUCUUAAUGGGGAAUGGAGAACGCAGUCUCAUGUCCAUCCCAGGAUUUAGCAUUCUAAAUUGACUCGCAACAUUUUAUCCAUGCACAUAAACUACUUAGAAUUUCAGUCAUACAGUAUGUUUGGAAAGAAAUUAGUCAGUCUUCAAUUACAAUACACACAUAUUUGUCCACAUAUAAAUAAAUUCUUAAAUUGCAUCUACAAAGGAGACGCAAUAAAAUAAAUGAUGAAACCAUCUUUGCUUUUCAGCAGUACUUAGCAUCCUUAUUUUUAAAAGUACUUUUAUAUAAUUGCUAACUCAUUGCCUAAAGUAUCUAUUUUAGUGAGAAGUUUACCUUGCAACAGACAGUAGAAUACUGAGAGAAAAGAGAUGAAACACAACCACCUCUGAAACUUGUUUGUGCAUUAUUGUCACGAAUCUUAUUACAGUAGGACCUUUGCUGUAAUACUGACAUUGUUUGUUUUUGUUUCUGAAGAAAAAGUCGUAUUAAUAAAGUUAUAUAAGUUAAAGUUCUCUUUCAUUAGAUGGAAAGUCAAGGUACCUUAUAAAAUCAGGACAACCAACUGAUUGGUUCCUAUAGAAUAUUUUAUUGGAGCAGAAAUUUAUUUUAUUUCUCUGGCAGAAGAGAGGUUUUCUUUCUACCUUGAAUUUAAUAAAUGCAUUGAUAGAUUACAUAUAUUUCUGUUAUAAUCUAAUACCAGUAUUUAUCUAAUGUGUAAAGACAUGGAACAUCAUAUUUUGACUGUGCUGAUUUACAUCUAAACAUGCUAAGGAGAAGGUUGCUAUGUGGAUUUAUUUAAAAUCAAUUUUAGCCAACCUAAGAGAGACAGUCCUGGGAACCUGCAGUCAAUAUAAUGUUCAGAGAUUAAAGUGACUCAGAUAUUCUAUGAAAAUGAACGGUUUUUUUGUUUGUGAUUUUUAGGUUGCACCAAUUGUGCUUUGCCUUUUGUUUUAUCUCCAUCAAGUUAAUGUAAUGUCUGAUUAAUUUCCAAUAAAUGCAUUGCUGCAGUUUCUUUCCA